AGCGCGCAUCUGAUAUGAUCAGAUCUGGAGACAAUGCUCCGCGAAGUAAGGAGCCUAGGGGAUGCAUCCUAAGGAACGAAAAAGACUAAAAUGGGAUUCUUUUCAGACACGCUACAAGUUCUAGACCAGGGCGUCAAAAUAAUCUGGUCUAAAGGCCUACCGAGAUAUACUAAACUUACCUAAAGGUUGAUGAAAAUGGUCUCUGAUCGAUAAUUGCCUCAUCUGGUCAGAUCAGCACAGGGCGUGAUCGGGCUUUAUUGUAACCCAUCUACAUCUGACGUGGGGAGGGUAUUUAGGCAGUCAGGGCCCCUCAUUCCCUGGACAUUGUGUUACUCAAGGUUAAAGAAGUGAUACAAUGGCUUGGUUAAAGGAUUUUGUUGGUAAAGUGGGAGAGGAGUAUAAGAAACAGGUUCAGUUACAGCAGCAGCAGCAGCAGCAGCAGCAGCAGCAAAGGCAGAGAGAGUCGGGGUAUUAUGGACAAGGAACAAGUCGAGGAUAUCAGCAGGGCGAAUAUCAAAGAGGUUCACCUCCAGGAUGGCAACAGCAGUAUCAGGCUGGGCAGCCCCAGUAUCAACAACCUCAGACUCAGUACCAGCCUCAAUCACCGCAAUAUGGGCAACCUCAAACGCCACAGUACCAACCUCAGCAGCAACAAUAUCCCCCUCCGCUAUCACCAUAUCGUCCAUCGAGCGCUCAACCCUCUCAGACAUCUUCACAGCCUCACAUCACGCCGCCAGCAACACAACCAGCUCCGCAAACUUGUCCUCAGAGUUCAUAUCCCCCUCAAGCACACACCCAACAGCUCGAAACCCAAUGGCGUGAAGCAGAGCGUCUCGCAGCGCACUACAAAGCAGAGUAUGAAGCUCAAAUGAGAAAGGCUACAGAAGAUCUCGCCAACAUGAGAAUUGAGCAAGAGAAGCAGGCUCAAGAGCUAGAGAAGUUGAGAGCUGAGGAGACGAGGAACUAUCAGCUUGCGGAGGAUGAAGUUGUGAGAGAACAGCAGAGGUUGUUUGAUGAGAUACAGAGGCAGAGACAGGAGGGGGAGAGACCACCGUUACCGCCGAGGAUCAAUACGGAUGUUGAGGAUGUUGCGCCGCCUUUACCGAGAAGACCUGUUUCUACAGCUGGGAGUGUGAGUUCUGCACAAAGACCAGUAUCGUAUGCAGCUCCGCCGGUUCAGAACUCAUACCUUUCGCCACAGAGUCAGACACAAGUGCCCUCUAGUCCUUCAAUGGGCUAUAUACCACCACCUCCUCCUCCUGGACCUCCUCCUGCUCAGGGUACGACUCCGAUUCAGCCGCAGUCUGGUGGGCAUUUGUCGCCUGCUGUCGUGCCUCCUGGGCAGGCUUCGCAGCAGACACCAUACUUUCCUCCACCACCGCCGAGCCCUCAAGCACAACCUUCUCCUAGAGUUCAGGAGCAGGCAAGUCAACGCAAUUCGUAUCACGCACCAGCUCCAGCAAGUCCUCAGCCGCAACAGGCAAACAUUCCAUCAUAUCCACCACCACCACCUGUUCAAAGUCCACAACAACAACCUAUCGCUGCGCCAAAGCCUCCUCGCGUCAGAACCCCUGAGCCAGCACAGCUGCAUGCCUGCGGUGCAAAAGCAGGCCUCGAAUGCUCAGGCUCACUAAUAUCCUUCCCCCAACACUGGUUCUAUCACGCUGCUGUACCAGAGUUCGUCAUUUGUGCUCGCUGCUAUGUAGAUCUUAUCUAUGACACCAAAUUCGGGGACUCAUUCCGAAAGGUCUUCUACGACGAUGGACACAAGCGCAGAUGUCGAUUCAACACCAGGCGUAUCAAAGAUACAUUACUCCCCGAAGCUGUUGAGUCUGGUAGUCUUGAUAAGCUUAUCGAGUUUAUGAGGAAGAGAAUGAGUAUCAAAGACUGCAGAGAACAGAACAUCACCGAGGGAGAUUCAUGGUACAAAGCAGCUGACAUUCCAAACGGGACAAUCUGCGAAGCUUGUUUUGAGGAUGGUCUAAUAACUUCGUCGUUUGCCAAGUAUUAUCAGUUCUUACCCAACGAAGGCGGUGCUUAUUGCGAUCUAAGCGUAUGGUUCCUCAAACGCAAGUUCAUGGACUAUGCGAAAGAGAACAAAUGGGCCCAAUUCUGUCAAGAGUUCAACCAACGUGCACAAAUACCGGAAUGCCCCAAAAUCGACACUAUCAACGCCAAUGAGCGUGCAUGGUACAAGCCCGAGAACGGACCGAGUGACCUACAAGCAUGUGCAGCGUGCUACCACGACUACUUCUAUGCCUCUGAAGAUCAAGAUAAAUGGCAGCAGGUUACUGGGGGAAACUUCCAGACCAGGUGUAUUCUUGGACAGUUGAAUCACAUCAUUCCAAUGCAUCAGGCACUGGAUGAUGAGGAUAGAAGUCUCUUUUGGAAUGCAGCGUGGGAAAUGGACAAGUAUCCUGUUUGCAACAGGGAUGGAACGAAAGGAAGUUUGUGGUACACGCCGAUCAACGAUCCUCCCGGCUGGGGAAUAUGCGCGGCGUGUUAUGAAGGCAUCAUCAAACCAAUUGGAGGGGCACGAUGGUUCAUGAAAGACAACAGCACCAAGCCAGACGAAUUGUAUCUCUGCGGCUUCAGCUUGGGUCAUCCACGAGCCGUUCAGGCUCUCGAAGCAUAUGUCAGCGCACGAAAUUGGGGAGACAGGAAGCUGUUUCUUGACUGGACUGCGCAAUGGGGCCAUGUUCAACAAUGUCCAAGGAAGAACUUCAGCAAGAAUAGGCGAUGGUGGGGAUGGGGAGUCUUGGAGAUCUGUGAAGAUUGCUAUGCUUCCUUUGCAAAGGGCACAGCACUCGAGCCUCGCUUUGCACUUACUGGAGUGAGAGAGCCAGAAAAAGAGCGUAUGUGUGAUAUCUACUCACCGCGCAUGAGAAGCCUCUACACAGAAGCUUGUAGAACUGGAGAUCUAGAAGGUCUCUUGGCCAUCGCAGAGCAAAGACAUGUCGUUUACACACAGACAAUCAUGCAGUGCGAGCAGAUCCUCAAUCAGCAAAAGAUAGCAGCCAUGCAGGCACAGAUGUUGGGCACACAGGGUACGUUUUAUAAGAGCAUGGGAUGGGCUCAAGAUGCUACUAUGGGACAUAGCUAUACUGUUGGAAACUCGUAUGCUGGGUAUGGACAUGCAAAUGAAUGGGUCAUGCAGGGGUAUUCGUACGAUAGGCAGUCGAGGGAGGCUGCGGCGGAGGUCAUGGGCGGAGGGCCUCUAAUGAGGAUACAAAUGCUUGAGGCGAGAUGGAGGGAAGUUGAGUAAAGAGUACACAU